CCUUUACCGACAUCUUCUUCCGAAAUUCCGCCAUAUUGAUCACGUGGUAGUGUAAUAUCACGUGACAUGUACAGGUUUGUGACGUCAAUCGGAACACGGUAAGAACAAAAUGGAGGAGUACGCAAGGGAACCGUGUCCCUGGAGGAUCGUGGACGACUGUGGUGGUGCGUUCACCAUGGGGGCGAUCGGAGGAGGGAUAUUCCAGGCCGCUAAGGGCUUUAGAAAUUCACCUUCUGGCAUGAACCACAGGCUGAGAGGCAGCAUGACGGCCAUCAAGACCAAAGCUCCACAGCUGGGCGGGAGCUUCGCUAUGUGGGGCGGUCUCUUCUCCUUUAUCGACUGUGGGCUGGUGCAGGUUCGGGGCAAAGAGGACCCCUGGAACUCCAUCACCAGCGGAGCCUUGACGGGCGCCAUCCUCGCUUGUAGAAAUGGUCCUGUUGCCAUGGCGGGCUCAGCUGCAAUGGGCGGCAUCCUGUUGGCGCUUAUCGAGGGUGCUGGUAUCCUGCUCACCAGGUUCGCCUCCUCACAGUUCCCCACAGGGCCCCAGUUUGCGGAGGAGCCCAUGCCAGCUCCUGCGCCCGCGCCCUCCUUUGGCGACUACAGACAGUACCAGUGAGCAGCGCGCCCGCGGAGCCUUUUCUAUUCCAUGAGCUUGAGACGGGGAGGCCACCACCCCACCACCCCACCUCAUCUCACCUCAUCACCCCACCACCCCACCCUGGGGAACCUCACCUGUCCUCAAAUGCUACCAUCAAAUCAUGGGAUGACCAGAGAGAAAAUGACAUUUAAACACACACACACACACACACACACUCACAUACUUUUUUUUUUUACUUCAAGCUACCCACAGAUCGCCUUCUUUUGCUCCUUGGCCUUGUGUUUGCCUCAGUAGUUCAUCCCCCUAUCAGCUGAAUGUCCUUCCUCUGGACCAAGCAGUUGCCUUCAGCCUGUGUCUCUACAAGUGUGUUCAGUGUGUGUGUGUGUGUUCCCAGAUGUCCACGCUGGACACACACACACACACACACACCCAGGCUGGCUGAAGCAGGCAGUGAUCCUGCUGUGUUGGCUCGUAAUGUUCUGUGUUGUGGACAUAAAGGCUGUGUGCAUGUGUGACAUGCUGUUGUGUCUGUCCUGUGUGUGUGUGUGUGUGAGUGACAUGCUGUUGUGUCUGUCCCGUGUGUGUGUGUGUCUGUGUGUGUGUGUGUGUGUGUGUGUGCAUGCAUGUGUGACAUGCUUCCCGUGUGCUCAUGCUGUGAGGGCAGCAGGUGGCAUGAGGGAGCUCCAGCUCUUCUUCAGACUGACGGAGGAGAGCAGGGGAAACUGAGUGAAGAAACAUGUCCCCUUUUUUGUGUAAAAACUGGGUUCUAUUUAUUUUUUUGACGAGAGAUAUCCUAUUCCACUAGACAUUUUAUUGUAUGUAGAUCUCUGAGAUUUAAGCCUUUGUGACGGCGCAGGAGUGGAACACAAGAGACCAGUUCUACAGUACGAGUGGUGUUCCCAACUGUUCUACAGUACGAGUGGUGUUCCCAACUGUUCUACAGUACAAGUGGUGUUCCCAACUGGAUUCUGUUCCUCUCUGGAUUGUGAAUAUGAGCUGGGUCUGAGAAACAGACCAGAAAUAAUAAAUAAACACAAACAUCUGA